AAGAAGGAUGAAUGGCUUUGUGCACCUGGAUAGAACCAACAUGAUCACAACGACGCAUCGAAUUAUAGCAAUUGCUGAAACACCACAAAAGGGCUUUUGCAUCAGGCAUCCACGCCUCUUUUGCUUUUUGAGGAGUCGCUGCCUUGAUCUCGAGGGGAAGCUGCAGACGCCCAAAUCGCGAAUCGAUCCUAUGACAGUUUGUACGACAGCCUGCGAUGACCAAGGGUCUCUUCAUGUGAGGACGCGACAAAGAUGUCUUUCUUCUGUUCUUCUGAAGCUGUUCUUCUUCUUUCCAUCUUUCGUCGCGUUCCUCUGUGUGUUCUUCUGUGCGUCCUUCAUCAUAUCCAAGUCCUAGCCUUGAAGAGCUCUCAUGAAUCAACAUCAAGCAGAUUCCGAAGGGGAGGUCCGGAAGUUUACAUGUUUCCCACGAUUCCCUGAAGAAAUCAAGAGGAUGAUUUGGAAGUGGAGCCUUGCACCGCGAGUCGUCGAGGUCAAAUUUGAUUGUGGAGGUCCACCUUGGCGGCCGUAUUCGGAGUCGAUUGUUCUCUACAACUCCUGCGAAACAAACCCCACGCAUUCAGGGGCACCAGAACUCAAAAAGGAGAAAUGUUUCUACACUAUCACCCGAACACCUGUUGCUCUGGAAGUCUGCCAGGACUCGAGAAACGCUGUUUUGUUAUUCUAUCCGCUGUCUUUCGGGUCUGUUUGGUACCAUCCCAGGAUUCGCUUCAACUUUAGUCUGGACACGUUAUACCUGGACGAGGAUUUCUACAAGGUAUCUCCACUCUUCUUCAGCAUUUUGAACAACGAAGAAACGACAAAACUCCGCUACCUUGCCCUGGAUUACGAUAGUGAUGGUGUGAGGCCAGGCUGCGGAAGCUACCUGAAAGACAAGAACUUUUCGAAACUCAUCCAGAGAUCCGUGGAAGGGCUCAAGGCCCUUCGAGAGCUCAUCAUGGUACAACAGGUCCAAUAUUGGGUCGCUGAAGCAGAGUUUGAUGUACCGGGAGGGCAUUUUGAUAAUAGGCGUGACCUCGAGUUUGAUCGGACCUACCUUCACGAAACCAUGCUUCCGUUCCUCAAAGGACGCUUCCCGGAACUACGUCCUUGGACCGAAGACUGGAACGUAUGCAAGCAGACUGUGUUGUUGGGGUGGCGAGACAGCAUGAUAUGGUAUUGGAAAAACGACGAAGGAACCGAGGGGGGAAAAUGCGAAAAGGCCUCCGAUUACCAAGUACCCUGGAAAUGAGUGGAUGGAUUGCGAAAUGCGCACCAACAUCGAAGCACCGAGAUGUGACUGAGCUCCACACUUGUGGCCAAACGACAAAUGGGGACGGAGCUAUUCUAGCUGGGGACAAAGACUCCUUGACACUUCACCUUCCUUUGGUAGCUAUUCCAAUAUUCGUAACAUAUCUCACACUCAUUCGCUUUGAAAGACCGAAAGGCAGCAAAAAUAUAACUCCACACUUAAAUAUUGGUAUCAAAUCGCAUCCAAACCCUAUUUACAC